AGGACCGUCAAAAUUAUACGUUCUGUUACACAUAGAUAUAUAUAGAAAAUAUAUAUUUAAAAUAUAUAUAUGAAGAUUUAUCAGUAGUGCAAAAUUGUGUCGGAUUUGCCAAUUGAUCAAACUUUGGCGUUAAAUGAAUUGUGGUUAAAUGAAUUGUUGAAUUAUGAAAAAAGUAACUUUUCCGUAGUACAUUCGACAAAAUUCGAAUCGUUUGUUUCAUCAAUAAAGCCAAUAAAACUUCAAACGCGACGGAAAAUGGCAGAGGCAAUUGUGACCGAUCAGUUUUCUCUGCGAUGGAACAAUUUUUCAAACAAUUUAAUGAGCGGCUUCAUGAGUCACCUCAGCGACAAAGAUCUAGUUGACGUUACCUUAGCUGUGGAUGGCCAACUAUUACAAGCUCAUAAAUUAGUUCUCUCCAUCUGCAGUCCAUACUUCAAAGAUAUUUUUAAGAGCAAUCCCUGUCAACAUCCGGUCAUUAUACUACAGGACAUAGGGUAUGCACACGUGGCAGCUUUACUCAGCUUCAUGUACCAAGGAGAAGUAAACGUAAAGCAAGAGGAGCUCGCGACAUUUCUUAAAGUAGCAGAAAUUCUUCAGAUCAAAGGUUUGACCGGAGACGGCACGGAUAAAAAAAAUUCCAUUCCACAAGAGGACCUACUCUUUUCGAGUGAAACUCUUCAAUCGCAUUCCAAUUCUGAUUCAAAAGAGCACCAGAAUUUAAAAAAACGUCUCAUUGAUCCCGAAGACAAUUUGCUGAAGAAGAAUCGAGAAACACGAAAGAACAGAGCUAUUCGACAUUCCACUAAAAAAAUUAGGCUAUCUGUGCCUGCUCUCAGAGACAUGAACCUCAUAACAGUGAGCGAGGACAAUAUUGAAACUGUUCAAGAAGCAGUACUCGGCUCAAAAGAUGACAAUAAUGAAGCUAAGUCUUAUAGUUGUGAUGAAAAUUCUGAAGGGUCUGUAAAAAACCACGAUACAUCCAGCGUGUUGGAAAAAAAUACUGCGGAUCUCACUACAGACCAGGUCACAAAUGAGGAAAACGAGAAUGAAUUGAUUAUUGAAAAUACAGCAGAUGCGAAAUGUUUAACGGAAGACAUUUCCAGUGCAGCAGUGGAACCUGUAACUUACCGACUAUCGGCCCGUGGUCGUCCGCAACUUGUUCACGAAGGAUAUGUAUACAAUUUGACGUCACGUUCAGAAGUGUUGAACCGUUCGCAUUACAGAUGUGCUGAGCAACACCGCGGUUGCCGCGGCAAAUGUGCGGUCAUAGCAGAACGUUUCAUGCCAACUGGGGUUUAUGAGCAUAAUCAUUUACCGGGCUAUCAGUCGGAAAAUGAGUACAGAAAAAAGAAGUCUCACGACUCUGACCAGAACUAGCUCUGGGUGUUUAUUAAAUACAUUCCAUUAUUUAUGAACAAAAAGUAUUGAAUAAAGACAAAAAAGCAAUCUUGAAUGUUCCAAACAUUCCUUGCAGAACGUAACGGUGAUACUUCGUUUACCAUAAAGAGAAUCUUAAAAAAAAAUGAUAUAUUAUAGACAGAUAUAUAUUGAAGUUGAAUGAAUAAAUGAAAUUUUAUUUUUAACACGGGAUUCAAAGACUAUUCCUAUUGUAUGUCCAUUUGUAUAUGAAAAAAAAGUAUAGUAUAUUUUGUGUCGGUACCUUCAAGAAUCCACUUAUAUGAGCAAAAACUAUGUCAAUUUUAUUGUGAUAUGAAAAUGUAUGGAUACUUAUAAAUAUUUAUGAAAACAUCGAUAACUAUUUUGGAUGUGAAUGAAAGAAAUAAAAUUAUUUAUUUUGUUGGA